AUGGCCUCGAUGAGCGUGUGGCUGCUCCUGCUGGUGGCCGGCACCGGAGCCCUGGCCGACAUCAUCAUGAGGCCCAGCUGUGCUACCGGCUGGUUUUACCACAAGUCCCAUUGCUACGGGUACUUUCGGAAGCUGAGGAGCUGGUCCGAUGCUGAGCUCGAGUGCCAGUCCUUUGGAAACGGAGCCCAUCUGGCGUCCAUACAGAACCUCCAGGAAGCCAAGGCCAUCUCCCAGUACAUAGGUGGCUACCAAAAGAACCAGCCCGUGUGGAUCGGCCUGCACGACCCACAGAAGAGGCAGCAGUGGCAGUGGAUCGACGGGUCCAUAUUUUUAUUCAAAAUCUGGUCUGCAAAGUCCAGAGCCGGAAACAAGCCCUGUGCGGAGAUGAACGCCCACAACUUUUUAACUUGGAACAGCAAGGAGUGCGACAAGCGCCAGCACUUCAUCUGCAAGUACCGGCCGUAG